GCAACUCAACUAUUUCCUGUUAGCAACCACACCAAGCUGUUAGUUUCUAAGAGGGAUAUUUUCGAGCUACUGCGCUCUUGUCUUUUGAGUGAGGAAACAGCUCUUCGUAGGAUCUUUUGUAGCUGAUAUUUUUUUCUGCUGAUAUCUUAGCUCCAGACAGAGUCAAGAUGAGUGAACAAAUAAAGUUCAUUGUUGAUCAACUGAAUAAGGAACCCUUCAGAAAAAACUUCAACCUAAUAACAUUUGACUCGUUGGAGCCAAUGCAGUUGUUACAGGUGCUCAACGAUGUACUGGCCGAGAUUGAUCCUAAGCAAAAUAUUAACGUUCGAGAAGAAAUGCCUGAUCAGACAGCAAAACGCAUGUUCAACGUCCUUGGUGUGCUUAAGUACAAACCUCCUGGAAAUCCUGCAGAUGUGAGUAAUUUUCGCCAGGGGUUAGUGACUGGUGCUAAGCCAGUUAUCCAUCCAAUUUUAUACUGGCUGCUACAGAGAAUGGCAGAGCUGAAGAAGAGAGCUUAUCUGGCUCGAUAUCUUGUAAAGCUGGAAGUUCCUGCUGAAUUUCUGCAAGAGGAUGUUGUAAUGGACACGUUUCAUCAGUAUGAAGAGCUGGUGGAAAGAUUCAAAGGCCUGCAUAAAGAAAGCGAGCAACUGAAGAGUUCUGGAUUUUCUACCGCAGAAAUUCGAAAGGAUAUUGGUACUAUGGAGGAAGAGAAGGAUCAGCUUGUCAAGAGAGUGGAGCGUCUGAAGAAAAGGGUGGAGACAGUUUCCAAUCACCAACGGAUGCUUGAAAUGGCACGACAACUGCGUGUGGAGAAAGAGAGAGAGGAGUCUCUAACCCAACAGAAACAAGAACAGAAAAAUCAGCUGUUCCACACUGAGCAGAGGCUGCAGAGAUCCCAACAACAACUGAAGGACCUUCGACAGGCAGCAGCAGAUGCAAAGCCAGAGAGCUUGAUGAAGCGACUAGAAGAAGAGAUUAAGUUUAACUCUUACAUGGUUACUGACAAGCUUCCUAAGGAAAUUGACAGCAAAAAGCAAACAUUGCAGUACCUGCAGAAGGUUGUUUCUGAACCCGCCAUGGGACAAUCUGAACUUGCAGAACUUGAAGACAAGAUACAGGAACUGAAUAAGCAAAUUAAUCAGCUAAUAGAGAAACGAAUGAUGAGAAAUGACCCAAUUGAUGAUAAAUUAUCUCUCUUUAGACAGCAGGCAUCAAUUAUCAUGCGCAAAAAAGAAGCUAAAGCGGAAGAGCUACAAGAAGCAAAAGAAGAGCUGUCCAGAGUAGAAAAAGAACUGGCACAGCGGUCAAGUCAGGCACGGGACUUGGAUGGUAAUGAAAUCAUUAAAGAUGAUGAGCUUAAGAAAUAUGUCAGCAAGUUAAGAAGCAAAAGUAUGGUUUUCAAGAAGAAGCGUCAAGAGAUUGCUGAGUUGCGGGCAGAGUAUGGUGUCUUGCAGAGGACAGAGGAGAUACUGAAACAGCGGCUGGAAGCUAUGCAGCAGCAACUGCAAUCGAUUGAAGCCAAGCGGGGCAUUUCUGGGUAUAGUGACACCCAAGAAGAGUUGGAGAGAGUGUCUGCCAUCAAGAGCGAACUGGAUGAAAUGAAGGGACGUACUCUGGACGAUAUGUCAGAAAUGGUAAAGAAGCUAAACACCCUAAUUUCAGAAAGGAAGUCUGCACUGGCUCCACUUAUCAAGGAGCUAAGACCUUUGAGACAGAGGUGCCAGGAACUUACUCAGGAGCACGAAGAAAAAAAAGCCCAGUAUGAUAGCUGUGCAGCAGGCCUGGAGAGCAACAGAUCAAAGCUGGAGCAGGAGGUGCGAGCUCUUAGAGAAGAAAAUAUUCAAGAGGAAAGCAGAUACCAUUACAUCGAUUGCAUGAAAGCCGUCACUGAAAUGCAAAUUCAGAGGGCUGCAGAUGAAACCAAACUUUACGUGUCGGCAGAACCUCAGGACAGAAGAAGAGCUAUUAGGGAGCAAUACACAAGGAAUAUUCUUGAGCAAGAGAAUUUAGGAAAGAAACUGCGUGAUAAGCAGAAAGAGGUGCGAGAGUGUCAUGGUCCAAAUAUGAAACAGGUGAAAAUGUGGCGUGACUUAGAGCAGCUGAUGGAGUGCAAGAAGCAGUGCUUCAUGAAGCAAAACCAAGCGUCCAUAGGACUGGUUAUCCAGGGUGGUGGGGAAGACAGGCUGGUCCUGUAAAAGUUCUGGGUAAUCUCACAUGUGGGAGACAGCGUUAUCCCCCAAAAUAUAAUGCAGUCACAGAAAAUGUUUUGUAAUUCUCUUUUUGCCACAUUGUAAAUUCAUGUCUGCUUUAUGCUUGUUAUAGUAUAGUUAGUCUUUAUUUUCUGCUUAAUUCUGUGGUGAAGUUUUGUUUCAUUAUUUUCAUGUGUAUUUAUGAUGAACUUUAAGCCACAAAUUAAAAUAUAAACUGUACAUUGUGUGAUAUAAUGAAAGUAUUCAUUCUGCAUAUGUAUUGUGUUACAUUCUUAUUAAUAAGUCUUCUCAAAUGGGUAUACUUGAUUUACUUUCCCUUUAGCCCCUCCAUUUGCUCAAGUGUUAGGGAAAAUGAAUUAAUUAAUGACUAAA